CAACCGACGCCUCACAAAUUCCAAGCCCAUGGCAUGGAAUGGAUCCAUACAGUACAGCACGCACCCGUGGGAUGCAGAGGAGUUCCAGGUUCUGUCAACAAGCAACACUUACCUUUAGAAACUGAAAGACAGAUAGGAAGGGUCAACGAUUGACUUUGUGUUGUUCGUUCGUUCUCAGAUAUAUGCCAUUCUCACUGUUGAGAAGCGCUGACCAUGGCCGCAGGUGCUACUGGUAUCAUCAAUAGGGAUCAAGCAUUCUGUUCCAAGGUACUCCGAUACACAGCCAACCAUGGUCCAGACUUUUGGAGCGAGGAGAACAUUCAGAAUGUAGUGGCGCAAUGGCAGUUGAGUCCAGAAAUGGAACAGCAUCUCCGUGACAUGCAGCAUCGAAUUGCGGAUAUCGAUCACUUUAAGAACGAUCCGCAGUGGCUGACAAGAUUCAUGGCGGCCCCGUGGGGGUACCACCAAGCCGAGACUAUGUUCCGGAAGAUGAUUGAAUGGAGAAAGCAGAACCAUGUGGACACCAUAUUUGACGACUAUGUCCCACCCCAGCUCUUGCUAGACUGUGUCCCUUCCGCCAUUCUCAAAGAUUACGAUCGCGAAGGAGAUCCAAUAUAUUGCGAACGGGGCGGGUCUGUAGACGCAGUCGGGCUAAUGAAAGUCAUCUCCAGGGAAGAGAUGAUACGCUAUUGCAUCUGGACUCGAGAACGAAAUUCCAAUGGAGUCUGGCUUAACGAUUACGAACGAAGACAAGGAAGACACGUCAGAGGCAUCACCAUCGUAUACGACCUCAAGGGCCUCAACAGUAGGCACCUCAACCCCAAGGGGAUCGAGUACUUCAAGGAGAUCAUGAAGAUCACACAGGAGAACUUUCCCAGCCCCAUCAAGAGAAUGUUCAUCAUCAGAGCCCCCAGAAUCUUUCAGGUCAUGUGGAGCAUCAUCAAACACUUCUUUCCAGCAACGGCACGAGCCAAGAUGACAUUCCUGGGGAGCACUGGGUACUUGGAAGUGCUUGACAAGUACCUCGACAUUAACGUCCUGCCGCCAUCAAUCUACGAAAAGGGUUCGGGGGAUGUAGCAGUGGGCAUGAUGCAAAGUUUGGAUGGAGUAGAUUCUGUCCAGGACUACCUUGACAAAGCGUAUGGUUCCAAGGUGUCAACCGCAGAGACGGACGAAGAGUCUCUCUCCUCCGAUUCUUUCUGUGGCAGUGGUGCUGCCCCAGUACACGGCAAACUUAUCUUGCGCGGCAGGUUGAGGAAUAGUGGUACCGUGGAGGUGGCUCGUGUGAUGCGAUAGAAUGAAAAGAAGAAGAAAAAGUCAUGUAUGGAUGGAAGGCGGAUAAAUAGAAGUAUAUGAAGCGGUUCCAUCUUGUUAGUUCGGUCGGUGGAUGAUGAAAAAAGAGGCCAUCAACUGUUGUCAAGCCUGCCCGAGACUCGACAUAUGACAUGAACGGUGCUAAACAAGGCAGAUACUGUAUGCAGGACACUUGACUUGCCCUCUACUCACUCGUCAACGAUGCACUUAUUCGCCCACAAGCAAACUCUGCCUCAUUUGUCAUCAGUUGCAAGUUUGAGAUCCAAUACGAGAAUUAGUACAAUGGCCUAAGAGAUAUAAACUACCUUGUUAC